ACUGCAUUUGUUCUUUCUUCGUCUUUCAACACGGUGUUUCGGUUGCUUCUCAUCAUACAUUAUCAUAUUUUCAUUCGCUGGUAUUCUACUUGAUGGGGUCCCGGGACAUAAGACGCACGGUCUUUGAGUUCGCCCGCCGAGGCACGAGCUCGUCUGAAAUCAGUACUCUACGGUUUGCUGAUCCUUCCGUGGAAACUACAUCAGCCCCCCGUUACGUCAAAUGGGACUCGACCGCGAGACCAAAUGCUGCCGCGAACGAUUCGGAUCACGGACUAUUAAACAAUAAAGUUGCAGCCCCACACUACAUGGCGCACCUGGAGAAUGUAUACGGAGAUAAUCUGCCAGAUGAAUGGGUGGACUCAUUGCGCAUGACGACCGUCACUAAUGUUUCGUUCAGAGUCCAAGGAUUAAACUGUUUAAUAAGAUGACGGGCGGACCUGUUUGCAUAGAUUAUGGAUCGCGACUCCAGGCGGCAUAGACGGCUUUCCAAAUAGAUACUGAUUGACCGGCGCUUAAUGUCCCGUCUCAUGUCACACUGCAUCUACUAUCACAAUUAGACAUC